AUGGGUAGCAUGAAGCGCAUCAGUAAGGAGCUGGCUGAGUUGAUGGAAACGCCGCCGACUGGAAUCUCAGUCCAGCUUGCCGAUGAAUCAGAUGUGUACAAAUGGAAAGUUUCCAUGAAGGGUCCCGAAGGUACCCCAUACCAAGGCGGCACAUUCCUCGUCAACCUAAUACUACCCAACGAGUACCCAUUCAAACCUCCCACCGUCUCCUUCGCCACCAAAAUCUACCACCCCAACGUCUCCAACGACGAUAAAGGAUCCAUGUGUCUCGGUAUGCUCAAGUCAGACGAGUGGAAACCGUCAUCGCGCAUUGCGGCUGUGCUUGAAUUCGCAAGACAAUUGCUGGUUGAACCCAUGCCCGACGAUGCAGUGGAGGGACGGAUCGCGGAGCAAUACUUACAUGAUCGGAAGCGGUUUGAGGAGGUCGCGAGAGAUUGGACGAGGAGAUAUGCCCAGGAAGAGAAGUGA